AUGGCUGUGGCAUUAGCCACCCUCGCCAGCCUGGCGCUGACUCUCGCACAGGCAGUCUCGCCCCUCGUCUCCCAACCAGGCGACCGCUCAGCUCUCGCGGGAUGGAACAUGCAGUCGAUCCUCGACGCGUCGCAGAACAUGACGCAGCUGUCACUUCCUGGGGCCGUCGACGUCUCAUCGUGGUACCGAGUCGGCGCCCGGUCGACGGUGAUGGCCGGACUGAUCGAGAACGGGGUGUUUAGCGACGAGCAGCUCUUCUACUCCGACACGCUGGCGACGGGCGUGGACUCGACCCCCUUCACGGCCCCCUGGCUGUACCGCGAGGAGUUCGAAAUAGAGUAUUCCCCCCAGCCAGGCGAGCACGUCUUCCUCGACACACACGGCAUCACCUCCAAGGCGUCGCUAUUUGUGAAUGGCGUGUGCAUCGCCUCCCACGCCUUCCAUCAGGGGUCGUACGGCGGCCACCGCUACGAGAUCACCGCGUAUCUGCGCGAGGGAGUGAAUGUCGUCCUCGUGAAAGCCUAUCCGACCAACUACCUGCGCGACUUUGCCAUGGGCUUCGUCGACUGGAAUCCCUAUCCGCCCGACAACGGGACGGGGGUCUGGCGCGACGUCGAGAUUGUCCAGACGGGGGCUGUCUCUCUGUCUGCACCGCGGAUUACUACUGAUUAUGAAGCCGCAAAUAUUCAGCCCGAUGAGCUCGCGCACAACGUCACCGUCACCGUCAAGGUUGAUGUCGUGAACCACGAAGACUCGCCUAUUACAGCCCGGAUCCAGGGUACCAUCUCAGAUGAUAACGCACAGGUCGCCGUGGCCGAACACUCUGUGCAGCUCGCCGCACACGAAGAAACCACCGUCUCCUUAGCAGCGAGACUGGAGGACGUCCGCGUCUGGUGGCCACGCCAAUGGGGCGAGCAGCCCCUGUACAGCGUUACCGUGAACGCCUCUAUCGCUGACACGCUCUCCGACGUGAGUCCCGUGCGGCAGUUUGGCGUGCGGCAGGUCACGGCCACGCUCAACGCGCACAACGACACGGCCUUCACCGUCAACGGACACCCUUUUCUCGUUCUCGGCGCGGGAUACUCGCCUGAUCUGUUCAUGCGGUGGGAUGCUGCCCGCGUGGACUCUAUCUUCCGCUACGUGCUCGACAUGGGGCUCAACACGGUUCGUCUCGAGGGCAAACAGGAGCAUCCGGAGCUGUACGAGAUGGCGGAUCGCAUGGGAGUCAUGCUUCUGGCGGGAUGGGAAUGCUGCGAUAAAUGGGAGGGGUGGUCUUACAACGAUGAUGCCCCCGGGUAUAAAUGGACGGAACAUGACUACACCGUCGCCAACGCCUCCAUGCUACACGAAGCCGCCAUGAUGCAGACACACCCGAGUCUACUGGGUUUCCUGGUCGGGUCGGAUGUGUGGCCCGACGACAGGGCAACGCAGGUAUACGUGUCGGCACUGGAGCGAAUGGACUGGGCGACGCCCAUAGUCGCGUCGGCGAGCAUGCGCGGAUGGCCCGAUCAACUGGGCCCGUCGGGGAUGAAGAUGGAGGGUCCCUACGACUGGGUGCCGCCUAACUACUGGUACGCAGGUGAUGGGCAGCAGUUUCUCGGCGCCGCAUUUGGGUUUGGAUCCGAGCAGGGCGCCGGCGUGGGCACGCCCGAACGAGCCAGUCUACAGCGGUUCCUGAGCGAGGGCGAUCUCGAUGCGCUCUGGAGGGAGCCCGACGCCGGUCUGUUCCACAUGUCGACGAACGUGUCGCAGUUCUACGACCGGUCGAUCUACAACGAGGGCUUGUUCGCGCGGUACGGCAAACCGACCAGUCUGGACGAGUACGUGCUUAAAGCGCAGAUGAUGGACUACGAGGCCACCCGGGCGGAAUUUGAGGCUUUUGCUGCGUUGCAGAAUGCCGAGAGGCCUGCAACGGGGGUGAUCUACUGGAUGCUUAAUGCCGCUUGGCCGAACCUCCAUUGGCAACUGUUCGAUUACUACCUCCAACCUGCAGGAGCAUACUUUGGCACCAAGACAGGCUCUCGCCACGAACACGUCGCGUACAACUACCAGGACGGAUCGGUCUACCUGAUCAACAGGGGGUUGAGGACGGGAGGGAACCGCAGCGUGACGAUCGACUUGAUAGAUCGGAAGGGCAAGUCUCUCCUCAUGCAGCAACACAUCACCAACGUGACGAGCACGCCGAACACUUCCGGUCGGAUCGGGACGGUUUCAGGACUCGAUCGUAUCAAAGACAUUGCAUUCUUGCGUUUGCUUUUGAAGAGUGAAGAUGAUGAUCAUGAUGGAGGAGAUACCAUCAUCAGUCGCAAUGUGUACUGGCUCGGUCGCUCCGUCGACGAACUCGACUGGGAAAAUUCAACCUGGUACAGCACGCCAGUCACCUCGUAUACGGAUCUGCGAGCGACGAUGAAACUGUCCCGCGCGACUCUCCGGGCAGACAUGGUGGAGACCGAGAGGGGAAGUGACUUUGCUGCGAAGAUCGUGCUCGAUAAUGAGUCGGACGUCCCGGCGCUGUUUGUCCGGAUGGUUCUCUUGCAUGCUGCGACGGGGGAAGAGAUCGUCCCCGUCUCUUGGUCGGAUAACUAUCUCACUUUGUUUCCGGGGGAGAGGCUCGAGGUUGAAGUUGAAGCUGAUGUUGGGGAUAUGAAGCUGGAUGAUAUGCGGGUGGAAGUCGCCGGGGUGAAUGUGAAGAAGUUUUCUUUGGUUUGA